UGCACUAUUUCUGCUAGUUUCGUAUUAUUGUUGAAAAUUUUAAUUUUUAAACAGUGGUUGUUUGUUUAGUUGUUGUCACUUGGCCUUUCACAAUGUAGCUAUCCUACUCACGAAAUUAUUUAUGUUUUUAAAUUUUUACUGUAGAAUUUCAAAGUAGCACUAAGUUACUUCUUAUGUUUGUUUUGACACAUGUAUUCACCUAGAAGAUCUAAGUAGUGGAUUUUAGUUUAAAUUACUGUGUAUAAACAAAUUAAAUAAUGAAAGUUGAAACCAUCUAACUUUAGGCCAUAACUCAUAUAAAUCAAAGCUAGGAUUAGAAAAGUAUAAUGGAUGAGAAACGACACAAAGUAAAACAUGCUAGCAAUUUGUUGGAUAGUUAUAUAAAAAGUAAAGCUCUGGACACUGCUGGAAGGUCAGACGACUCAACAGAAAAUCCCUAUAACACAACUUUACUGCCCAAGGACAAGAAUUUUGAGGACACAGACAGAAAUGUGCUCAAGAUGGAUAGUUCAACACUUAAGAUAAAAACUGAUCAAUUUGAUUCUCUCAGCAAGAAAAUAAAACGCCUUCAAGAUGAACUUUCAGAGAAAAGUGAACGCAUUACUGCCCUAGAAAUUGAAAAUAAAAUGCUGCGUUCAGGCAGUGGCGACUGCGUAGGAACAACUCCCAGGGAUGGGGAUAAAGUUAUGAUCAAAGAUCUGCAUGGGAUGGUGGAUGCGAGAGAUACUUUCAUACAGCAGCUGUCAGAUAGUCUGCAGAAACGAUCAGAGGAGCUUCAAAAUUCAGUUCUAAAAGAGAAAGAAUUGACAGAGGAAAUACACAAACUCCAGCUGCAAGUAAAUGUGUUAACAAAGCAGAGUGAAAAGAAUCUGUCAGAAGCUUAUAGUGAAACUGUUGAGUACAAAGCUAAGGUUGAAUUAAUGUCCAGUCAAAUCCAAGAAUAUUCUGAACUUUUGCAAUCAAUGAGAGCUACUUUAGACAAUAACAAUAAAGAUAUUUCAGCUAAAAAAGAAGAACUUCAUGCAAAGGAGAAAAAAUUGGAGAAAUAUAAAAGUGAUGCUUCUGAAGAUAUUAAAAAACUCAUGAGGCAGGUUGAAACCUUAAACUCCGACCUUUCCGAGAAGGAAAAAGAGCUAAUUAAAAGUAAACAACAAGUUGAAUCACUGCAAAGUCAGAUGGAAGAACAAUUCGGUUCUGAAAUCGUAGCCUUAAAAGCUAAGCUGGAAAAUAAGUAUGCCGAAGAUGUGCAGAAAGUAGAGCUAUUGUAUGACAGCAUGUUGUUGGAACAGAUACGCAAGGGAGACGCACAGUUGAAAGCAGUUAAAGGUAGUACAUCAGCAGAAAAUAGAUCUCACCUUGAGGACCAAGUGAGGUCUUUGCAGGAAUUGUAUGAGAAAGAGAAAAGUAAAUACAACAAAGAAUUGCAGAUCUUACAAUCAAAAAGCAAGAGAAUCGAAGAAAGAUUGACUUUUGAGCUUGAAAAAUACAAACAUGAAGCAGAUCAUUACCGACAGCAAGUAGAAAAUCUCGAAAACAAAGUUGCUGAGGAGGUAAGAAAGAUUCAACAAGAAUGUUCUAAAGAAGUUAAUAGGUUUGAAUGUGAAAUGAAACAAGAUCAAAAUAAAUACGAGGCAGAAAUAUUACUGCUUGGUAAGCAGCUCAAGGAUUAUGCCAUUAAUGAAGGUGCCAAAGAAGCUGAAGUAGAAUAUUACAAAAAUGAACUAUUGAAAUUGGAACGCCACACACGUUCUAUUGAAGAAAAGUUUACCUGGACUGUGGAUGAUUUUGAAAAGGAGAGAUCCCAAUUGCAAGCUCAAAUAAUAGACUUUAAAAACAAUGAAUCUAAGCUAAUGAAUGAACUAAGAAUAAGCAGAUCUAAACUGCUUGAGUAUGAAAAUAAAGAGUACGAGUUUAAUGAAAACUUGAAAGAUCAAACAAGUAAUUUUAAUGAAAAAUAUCAAAGGGUGGUUCGUACAUUUCAGGAUCAGAUACAAGAUUUGAUGAAUGAAUUGGAGCGGUCAAAAACUCAUUAUGAAGGGGAAAAAGUUCGGUUAAAAUCAGUAAUAAACGAGAAAGAAAACCAAAUAAAAAAUUUAGAAGCUAAGCUCAAUAUUUUGGAAUCUAAUAAAACCAAAGAGAAUGAUUUGAUUACAGAAUCGCACGGAGAUCAUGAUUCAGUUCAGCAGCUAGUUGAUGGCCUAAAAAAUAAGUUAAUGCUGGCUGAAAAAUGUCAGAAAUCAAAUAAUGAGCUUCUGGUGAAGUUUACGAAUGAAUUAAAACAUGUAAAAACACUUAUCAGUAAAAUGGUACAUGCAAGUAACGAUACUGAAGAUAGCCUUCAAAAUGUUGAUUGUUCUCUUCAAGUUACUGUGGGAGACACCCAGCAUGAGGACCUUGUGCAAGAACUGGAACAGACGAUAUGUGAUAUUAAGAAUAUGACACAACAUGUUGACCUCAGUGAAGUUUUACAACUAAGCAAAAUGUCAAGUAUUUACACUUCCACCCCAAGGAUAAAUGAUAGUACUGAAAUUGUUUCUGACGAUCCAGGCAAAGAUCCCGUCAGGACAUGUGAAUUAUUAGAGGCUGAAAACAUCAAAUUGACUAAAAACGUGGAAAUGCUUGCCACUCGUAUUAAAGUAAUGGAAUAUCUUUUUAGCACGGCAGCCAAAGAAAACCAAGCCUUUGAUGAAAAAUGUAAUGACCUAAAAGUCAAAGUGUCUGAACUUGAAACAUUAAAAUUUUCUGAUUUUGUGCUAAAAAAAGAAAAUGAUGAGCUAAAAGAGCGUCUGAAGCAACUUGAGUUAUCAGAAGAAAAUAUCCGUAAAGAAAUGGCCCAGUUAGUAGAUAGUAACAUUAAACUGGAAAAAACUUUGAAUAAAAGUUUAGUGGACCUUCACGAAGAGGUUUCUAACAACGGACCCAACAUAAGUUUACAAGCUCUUUUAUCUGAUUUAGAAGCCAAAUCAGAUGAAGUUGUGCAUCUAAGAUCUCAACUUAAUGCCGUUCAAAAUGCAUUGAAGGAUAAUCAAGAAAAGACAAUGCAUUUGAAAUCACAAUGUGAUAAGUUUAAGGCAGAACACGAGUUCAUGAUGUCCGAAAUUAAAACCAAACAGCAAGAACUGGAAGAAAUAUGGAAAGAAAGGAACGAACUGUCAACUGAAAACAAAGUGCUACAAUCAAAACUUGUAUCAAUUCAAGGGAAAAGUUCUUUGCAGAUACAUAAAAUACCCAGUUCAAUAAGAUGUAGCAGCACAAGUAUGCUUAUACCAGAUGGCUUUGUGGCAGACAAAGAAUCAGAGACAAUGAAGUUGCCGAUAUCUGAAACCGAUGAUGAUUUCAACGACUUCCAUUUGAAGAGGAUCCAGACUAUGCAUUUACUGACAGAAUCCAUUGCCAUGUCAUCAAAAACUAGCCUGAGAGGUAGCUGCAGUAACUUGUCACUGUCAAGUCGUAUAGAUCAGUCGCUUCAGCAAAUUGAAAAUAUGUUUGAGCCUGAUCAUGGAUCUAUGUCCACUAUACUUGAAGAAGAUGAAGAAUUAUCUGACGAGUUUCGUGUCUUCUGUGAACGGAUGGCUCAGGGAGACCAGCAACUGACAGGAGAAGAGAAGGAUAAAAUUGGUGCAUCUGAUCAGGUUACUAAGAAACCUUAUCAACUCUGGGCUGAUGCUCUCAGGCAGCUUAUCAAAGCGUUAUUUUCUGAGUACACUUUCCGUGUUAAAAAAAUGCUCAGACCCUGGUUACAAGAAAAUGAAACUCUGGAUCUAGAUUACCUUACUCAAGAUGUUAGUCCAAGCAAGAAAUGUUUGGAGGAAGUAAAAGAUGACAAAAAUUCUACAUUCCCCAAGAGUUCUUCAGUAAUAGAAGAUUACAACAUCUGUUCACAAGAGUUCACAAGGCUCUUGAUCGAGCAUUGCAUAAAGUCAUUGUUUUGCCUCAAGAAAAGACUGGUUGAUGCCCACAAUGCAGUCCUGAAAACUCUGAAAGUUCAGCACGCAGAGUUAGACAAGAGUCGUACUCUGCUGGAGCUACAAAGCCGUAUCAAGUUGUUGGAGCAUGAAAAGGAUGAACUUGAGAAAAAACACAAAUCUGCCAUGGAAUUGCUGGUAAAAGAUCACGAAACAGAAUUGAGUUUAGCCAAAAGUUGGCUGGUAAAACUGCAAAGCAACAAUUCUGUAGUUGUUUCUGAAGAUGUUGAAGCUUUGCGCCAAGAUCUUGAACAGAAACACAGGAAAGAAGUUGAGGAGUUACGUACCUACUUUGAAAAAAAAUGUGCCGACUUAGAAAAACACUAUUCUGAGGAGAUCUACAGCCAAUCACAGCACAACAGCAAAGUGUCCAUGUCUAGCUGCUCAUCCGAUGUGGCUAACAUUGUGGACCUGUACGAGGACGAGCCACCUAACCAAAUGGAAAGCGAAGAGAGUUUGCACAAGGGGUGUGAGAAACGAAUUUCUGAUUUGAAAGAGUUGUUAGAGAAUAUGAAAGAAAAAUACAAGGUUGAACUGGAUUCUGUGACGUCAAAUUGUGAUGUGCGGUUGACUAAAUCCGUUUGCAAGAUGUGCCAGAAAAAUCUAAUGAAUGGUGAAGAACUGAGAUCGAAACAAUCUGGCAUUACACUUGAGCAGUAUUACACAGAAAAAAUACAAGAGCUUGGAGACAAGUACCCAUCUAGUGACGUCAGUAAAGAUUUGGAGCUAAAAGUUUACCAGAUUAAAGAAGAAGUGAGAAAAGAUUAUGAACUGGAACUAGACAAGAUUAGAGAGGAAAUUGUUGCUCAAGAGUUGAAGAGGAAGGAUGACGAAAUAGAAAUGAUCAAAGCACAACUGAAUGAGGCGCACAAAGUAGAAAUUGAUAAACUGUGGAGAAGGUAUGAAGAACUAGCUAACAAAGAAGUGGAAAACUCAGUGAUCAGAGUGAAAAACGAAGUAAUUUUAACUCAAGAACUUGAAGAAAAAUCGAAAUACAUAGAUCAACUGAAACAUGACAAGAAAGAGCUUUUGAAAAAACAAAAUGUGAUGAACGAACAAAAAAGUAAAGAUAUUGAACAGAUGAAAUUUAAUUUGCAAAGGGCCCACAAAAAAGAGGUUGAAAACAUGAAGCAAGCUUUUGAAAUUGAAUUGACUACCAGGAUAGACACGAUUAUGGAGGAGAAAAUUAAAAUGGAAACAAAAUAUAAGAAGCAAAUUGAAAAGCUGCAAGAGGAUGUUAGGAGAUUGCACGAGGUUAAUGAAUACUUGCAGCAAAAUAAGCAUCAAGAACUACACAUGUUAACUGAGGAAGUUCGAAAAGAGAUACUACGUGCAUUAGAGCUUCAAAUCAAGGCGAUGGUGGAAACAGGUGAUGUCGGCGAGGAAAAGUCAAGUUGGCCACCAGAGUUGGCAGCACUGGAACGCCAGUUUACCAGCAAGUACCAACAACAAAUGUCGCAGCUGGUAGAAGAACACACGCUGGAAAUGGCUGAGAUGAGAGCAGAGUACGAGACCAAGAUAAAACAGUUGGAAAACCGGCACUCGAUCAAUCAAUCUGGAGAAAUGCCUGUAGCAAUGAUAACCAGUGGCGACCCUAGUAUAGACAAGGUCAUAGAGGAGCGGGAUAAUCUGCGUAACCUCACACAAAUGUUACGUCGCGUAGUGCAGGAGUUGGCCAACUAUCUGACCACCUGCGAAGAUGAACUGAACAGAAGCAUCGUAGGACAACUAAUCAAACUUGCCUCCCCUCACAACGGAGACCGGUCGCAGGUCCAGAUAAGCGUGGUGGAUGAUACCAGUGACUCUGAACCAGAGACGCAGUCACAGCGGAAGGUUCACUUUGCCCCGAAUGUGUCGCACAUUGUGGCUCUGAUGGACGAGAAUCAUCUGUUUGACACUAACGGCACUCUGGAUCUCUCGGUACACUUCCACACUGAGCUGGAGCACUGCCUGGAGAGACUACGGGACGAGGCGAGUGCUCUCCUGGGUCUGUCCAAUGGUAGAGAAGCAUUGCCAUCGACAGUUGAAGACAGACGAAUGACCUCCCUGACCCGUCAACUCAUUGAAGAGAAGAAGGCUAAAGAAAAAGCCUACAGAGAUGUCCAGGAAUUGCAAGAGCUUGUCAAUAAAUAUGAAAAAGAAUUGAAUGAGCUGCACAAAGAAUUGACGGAGACAAAGGAUCGGAUGAUCAAAGAGAAAGUGACAGCUGAGACGGAAUUCAGUGAAAAGCAGACUGAAGAGAGGGUUCAGAACUUGUGUCAUCUUCAAGAGAAAGCACGUGCCCUGUUAAGUGAGAAGGGCGAAUGUCCGAGUGUGUGGCUCGGUCUCAUAGAAGAGUUGUGUUCGGAGGGCGACUCUUUGUUGGAGGAGGCAUGGCGGGAAAGGGACGAGUUGAAACUAGAGGUGGAGGCAGCGGACAAGCAGUUACGCAGUACUCGAGCUUUUCUCGAGGAGCAAGCGAUGGACAGGGAGCAGGAACGAGAUGAGUUUGGCAAAGAGAUCUGUCGUCUCAAUGAGAUACUGCGAGAGAAAGAUAGAGAAUUUACUUCUAACCGACACAUUGCCACAGAGUGUACGAAGGAGCAACCUCCACUUAUGCCUGCUACUGCGGAUCAUUGCCCACGAGUUGAUGCACUGGAACUUCAAGUAAAAGAAACAUCGGAGCGAUUGAAAGAAUCAGAAGAGAAAAAAGAACAGUUGGAGAAAGAGUGCAAAACCGCCAUUGAAAAGGUAUGGACGCUGCGAGAGAUCAUAGAGGAGCUAGAAUCCCAAGUGUCACGUCACUGUGAGAGGGAGGCUGUGUUGGAAGCACGGUUGGUGGAGACGCAGACUCAGCUGACUGAGCAGGUGCGCAGCAACGCAGACACUCUGCAACAGUUGCACAAUCUGCGGGACUGCACAGACACCGACGAGGAGCAGCCAGUGCAGCAGAACAGUCGUGCCAGUGUUCUCAGACAAGUCAAGUCUCAGUUGAGAACACUGGCCAAGUCCAUGGAGCGCCACAUCAAGGAGUUAGAAGCUGUCAAUAUUCAUGUGUCCAGCGCCAGUCUGAGCUCACCAUCGGAGGAUGUUUCCAUCAGGGACCAGCUGGAGGUGCUAAGAUGCUUGACGCCGGAGACCCACUGUCCUCCCUCCCCUCCCUGUCCCCCCCUCGAGGAGUUUGAGCUGCUCAGUGAGAGACUGCUGCGUUACUCCCGUGCUGCGGAAAAUGUCAUAAAAAAACUACGAGACCGUGACAUGCAGAUCAACAGGUUGAGGGCUCAAAAUGAGGAACUACAGACAGAACAUGAUGUCCUUCAAAACCAGAGGGAGAGAGCUCUCAUGCAAGUUGCAUCACUGACCAACAAGGUAGAGGAGCUGAGAGUAAGAAGUGACAAGGAGAUCGCCUCAGUCACCCAGCCUCUCACACAGAGGGCAUUACAGUUGGAGCAGCAGAACAAGGAACUGUCUGAACGGCUGUGUGACACUCAGCGCAAGCUUGAGAAAUUGAAACAAAAGCUAGAACGGUCUGAAGGUGUGAUUCAGAGUCAUGAGUCGAAGAUCCGAAACAUGUCAGAUCAUCAGCAUGAGCUUGUGGAGAAACUAACCCGAGACCUGGAGACAAUGAGGGCUGAGAAACUACAGUUGCAGGCAAUGGUGGAGAAGUACCGCACUGAGGACAAUGUGAGCUUCCCACAACUCAUUGAAGUCAUGUUGGCGGAGAAAAAUGCAGACAUAGACCAGCUGCAGCAGCGAGUGGAGGAACUCAGUCAGCAGGAUCAGUCGUCUAAGAGUCUGUCGUCCAAGUCGCGAGGUCUGAGAGUGAGUUUCGCAGACAGUGUGGCUCAGUCUCAACUGGGGGAGGGAGAGAGAGUCCGAGACUUCCGUCACGACCACAGCAGCAUACGGCCCAUCUUCUCCACGCCUCUAUCCAUGGAUGAGGGCGGCAGUCGACUGGUGCCCAGAGUGAUUGGAGAAGACUUGAGUAAGAUUCCUGAACCUGAGAUGCAUCUAUCUGCGUCUCCCAACAGAGCUACUCAACUAGAAAACGUGCUUUCUCAGCUCAAAUCAGAGCUGGAACAGAAGACCCAAAGACUCCUGGAAUGUGAGGUUCAGCUACACGAGUUUCCGUCAAUCCAACAGAAACUGGACGAUGCGAGAGAGCAGCUAGAGUCAUUAGAGGAAGUCAAACAACUGCUGACUGAGAGGGAAAAGGAACUGGAAGAAGUCAAGACGGAGCUUGCUGUCAAGGAGGAGGAAAAUGUGAGGACAAGAGCUGACGUGAAGGCUCUGCAGGGUAUCAUGGAAGAGCUGCAGCAGAAACUGAAAGAGGCUAAAUCAUUUGCAGAGUUCUACGAGAACAAUCCAGCGGUGAAUGAACUGAAAGAGACAAGUGACAAAUACAAAGAGGAAUGUGACACUUACAAAGCACAGCUGGCAGAAUUGAGGAAAGCUUUGGACGGAGGAAGAGCAACGCAAGAAGACUUGCAGAAAUCCAUCACAAAACUUGAGACAGACAAACAGAACAUUCUGUCAGACCUGGUGAUGACAAAGUCAAAGUGUAAAUCCCUUCAGGAAGAAUUAGAGAGUGCUGUUGUCACAGCCAAGGAAAACAGUGAAAAAGUCGAGACUUUGAGAAGAGAGCUAGAAGAAUCCCUUGAAGAUAACAAUAAACUUUCUAAAGAUUGUCAACGUUUAAAGAAGAACGUAGAACAAUUAACAAGAAAACAGAAAGCUGAGAUGAAAAACAUGUUGAGGAAAGAUUCUGAUGAUGCGAUCAAGUUAAAAGAUGAAUUAGAAAAUUUGAAACUCAGUAAUUCUGAGUUGCAGUCUGAAAAUGAGAGUUUACAUCAAAAAUUGGAGGAAGUAGGAAAUAACCUAGGGUCCCUUUUGGAAGAAAUAAAUAAAAAAGAUGAUAAACUUCAACAACUUCAUAAUGAACUGAGAAGACUGGAUGAUAGUUAUAAAACACUUAAAAAUGAGAAAGCGUCAACUGAACAGUUUCUAAACAAUGAAAUAGCAGUGCUAAAAGUUCUCAGGGAUGACUUAAAUAAAAACUUAGUGUCUUUAGAAAAACAAAACAAUGAACCUCGAGAAAUUGUUGCUGACAAGGAUAGUUUUGAAGGUUUGAAAAGGAAGUAUGAAUCUCUAAAGAGAGAAUAUGAGAGACAAAGAAGAGCCAGGCGGGAAACUGAAAAGAAAAAUCUGGUGUUGAAAAAUGAAUUGAUGAAAGAGAAAGAGUUUUCUGCUCAUCUUAGAAUGAAACACGGGGAAAACAAGAUACCAAGUCUUGUGGUUUCCAAGAGUACAUUGGUGGAUAUCCGUGGAGAGGGAUCAACACUUACAAAUUCAUUAGACGAUCUGACUGAUGAAGUACAGAAAGAGUUAAAUGUUUCAGCACGACUUGACCAGACAUUGUUGUCAGAAUUGCAGACGAAAGCAGAGUUGGAGAUGGUACCAGCUAACCGCAGUGAUGUGAUGCCGCCCAGGACUGAAUUUCUCACCACUCGUCUCGCAGAGUUAGAGGCUGCCCUGCAUGUAGAGAGAGUGAUGGUCAAUGAGCUGCGUGCCAGGUUGGCCGAGGAGAGGGGAAGGUACCUGGAGCAGAGUAAGAGAGUGGGGGAACUACAGGAGGAGGUAGCAGGACUACAAACUCUCAACGACCAACUCGAAGACAAGUUUAAAGGCAUUGCCCACCAAUUGGAACGUCAAGUGGAUGGAGUGAAGGAACUGAUAAGAACUGAACCGUUGGAAACAAGAUCUAAAGAGAGAGAGUUGCAACGGCUGCUUGAAGAGAAUCAGAGUCGGAUGAAAGAGUUGCUGCAGGAGAGAGUGUUCAACAGGAACCAGUUGAUGUACCUCAAUGAGGAACUGGCCAAGGCUAAGGCAGAAAAAUUGACAGGAAAUCAUCUUGCUGGCACUGAAAUGAUGGGUUUGCAGCAAGCGUUAGAGAAUCGCACUCGUGAGUUGGAACAGAUGCGGCAGAUGUUAAAUCAAGCAAACCUCAACACUGAGCGAACUGCUGAGCAGUUACACUCCAAGCUCCAAGAUCUCCAAAGUCAGCUUGACAUUGAAGAAGGGUUAAGGAAAACGUUAGAAUCCAAAAUAAAAUCCAUCGAGCUGGCGGAGAGAAGUAGGCACCUCAGAAGGAAGACUGCUGAAGAAAAACUGAAAGAACAACUAAACCAGGCUGAAAAAGCUAAAAGAGAGCUGGAGAGGGAGUGUAUGGCUCUACAGUUGAGACUGAGACAGAGUCAUCUACAGAUAAAGGCUCACACAGAUGAUUCACCUCUGGCUCUCAGGCUUAGGGAGUCCAACGUCACAGUUGAACGAUUGGUUGGUGAAAAGGAGGAUUUACUGGCAGCCAACACCAUUUUGAAAGAAGAAAAAGAAGACCUUUUGAAAAGAAGGAGGGAGCAAGAUGAGAUCAUUGAAGAUCUUAAGUCUCGUAUUCAUGCGCUUAAUAUUAAGGUUGUGGAUGGUGGAGUCGAUAACCUCAACGCAAUGUUUGCCGCUGAGCGAGCUGCGUGGCUGCAGGAGAAGGAGGCUCUGAAGAAGUCACUGGCUCGCUCACAGAAUCAAAUUGGCAGUGGCACAGACUCAUAUAACGGAUUCACCAACUCCACUCACCUGCUCCAGAAGUACCUGAAGGCGGAGAGUCAUCGCAAGGCGCUGGUGUGGCAGAAGCGCUACCUGAUGGUCAGUCUGAGAGGCUACCAAACAGAGGAGAGACAGACAGUGGCUGCACUGUAUAGGUUUCCUGCGCCCUCACCCCCGCCUCCCCCCACACCUGAGCAUCGAUUUAGAGUUGCAGUAUGUACAGUAAGAGCCGUGUUCCGCAUGCAGUUUUUGGUGGAUCAUCGCAAGCAAACGUAUGACAAUACUUGUCGUCUGCUGCAACGAGCUCUCAACUCCGCUAGAAACGGACCCUACAGUGCAGAAAAUAUUACAGAACUUCAAACAUUGUGGCGAAGAAAUAACGUGCCCUCAUCAAGCCCGGCACUUGGAUCUCGACUGCCUUUCGCUCAUUUUUCUUGGUUGAAACCAUUUAUGAGUUUGUCCACUCUGCCUUCCGAUCGUCAUUAGCCGCAGGCCAAAACCAGCAGCCUGGCAGCAUUGCUCAAUAUAUCGACCGGUUCAACUCCCUUCAAGACAGAAUCAAAAAUGCACUCUCCACUUCCUCACAGUAAAGACUGAUUCUACCUCAAGUCAUCACAGUAUUAUUUUUAGUGCUUCGCAUUUCCUAUUUUGUAGCUAGAGUUAACCACUACUGAGUGCUCUUUUUUAUGGUUUGUAUAAUUUAUCGUGAUUGUGUAUUUAUGUAGUUUGACUUUUGUAUCGAUCUUAUUUAUUUGAAUGUUUAACUCCUUAAACUUAAGCUCUCUCAAAACUAGUCCUAGCAUUACUUAGUAUCUUCCAUGAAGUGCACAAAAAUAAAUUGUUAUACAAUGUUUUCAUAUUUAGUUUUACAGCAGAAUGUUGUGUAAAGUUAGAUUUAAGUUAUAACAACAGUUGAAUGAAUUAAAUAGUAUAGUUUAAUAA